CAACAGGGCAUUCUUUUAAUGAGAAACUGCUAAACACACUGAGAUACAAGAUACCCUAGUAACCAAGGAUGGCUUCCUCUUGGAAACUAAUUCUGUUUCUGUCAGUAGCUGGGUGUCUUUCAGAAUAUUCUGGAGCUCUUCAUAAUUUCCCUACUUCAUAUGCUGCUUUGCUAAGAAUUAAAAAGAGUUCAUCUUCAUCCCUCUUUGGUUCAAAUAUCAGACCACGAUACAGCAAUCCUUUAUUAGGAACCCUGAGUGUUUCUUCACCAAGUUGGCGAGGAGCAGCUCAACAUUAUUAUUCCCCCAUCAAUCUUUAUCAUUCCUCAGAUGCCUUCAAACAAGAUGGAAGUGUGGACUAUGGGCCAGUGUUUGUACAAGAACCAGAUGAUAUAAUUUUCCCGACUGAUUCUGAUGAAAAGAAAGUAGCAUUUAAUUGUGAAGCUCGUGGCAACCCAGUUUCCAAUUACAGAUGGCUUCGAAAUGGAACAGAAAUAGAUUUGGAAAGUGAUUAUCGCUACAGUUUGAUAGACGGGACCUUCAUUAUAAGCAAUCCAAGUGAAGCAAAGGAUUCUGGUCAUUAUCAGUGUUUAGCAGCCAAUACUUUUGGAAGUAUUCUUAGUAGAGAAGCCAUACUUCAAUUUGCCU